UGUCUUUGUGCUUCGUAAAAGUGACCUUUCGUCUACAAUUCCUUUACAAAAGCAGAAGCUACUACGCACUUGGUAUUCAAAUAUGGCGAUGGAUAUCAAAUUAAGAGCUAUUUUUACCUUUAUUUCCGUGUACCUUGUAGUGAUCCAAGCGGAUGUUUUGCCUAACAAUCGUUCCCCGGCGUCAUGGCUGCGAACACGGCAAUUCCCGAAUGAAUCCGACGGGGAUUCCAAUUCCGUAAUCACCAAAGCGGAUUUUGAAUUGCAUUUAAACGCUAGCGGAUGGCGCGGUGCUGACGUCGAUGCUAACUUCUCACGAUCGCAUCCCCAACCUGACCUGCUUAUUAGUGAUGAUGACGGCCAUCUGGAUGCUGUGUCGCUCACCGACGUGAGCUCGCUGCAACCCGAUGGCGGGGAUGAUAUUCUGGCACAUGAAGAAGAUUUUCGUUUUAUCAACGAUACCAGCGCGAAUAGUACGGGCGGCGGAGAUUUCGCCGUUUCUGUACCCACUGGGGUUGUGGUCAUCAAAGAUAUACCUAAACCGAACGCCAGCUUUUCCCGCCGAAAUGUUACGGCGAACUGGGACGACAGGGAAAACAUGAUUGUAACAAAUUAUAAUGCGCAAGAAAGGUCAUAUUCCUCUGGCGAGCCAGCACCAAGGAUUUACGGAUUGACUGGAGGAUACGGUGGUCACGGUUGGGGUGCUCCGACAUUCAGGUUACCAAGACCACCGCUUGCCCCCUUACCCCCCAUCGCCCCCAUGAUGGUCAUGCGGCCUCCACCGCCACCGCCGAUGCCUCCGAUCAUUCCCAUCCGGCCUCCGCCCAUGCCGCCGAUGAUGAUGAUGCCUCCGCCGCCCAUACCAAUGGUACCCGGUGUGCCGGCUGUUCCCUCAAUCAUAAUGCCCCCGGUACCGUAUCCGCCGCCCGUACCGGCAUUUAGUUUUCCUUCGUAUGGUAGUGGAUGGGGCUACCGAUAAUGUCAAUCUUUAUUUCGUAAUUUUUAGUUCGUAAUAAUAUUUGUAGAAGUUUGGAAAAAUACUUUAUAAAUUUUUCGGAUUGUUUUGCAAUUGGAUGUUUGAUUUUGUUCGUCUCCUUAGUGAAACGUUAACU